UUGGAGGGAGACGUGCUUUGCGUCCCUCGGCCAGAGCCUGCAGCCCGGUGAGCCCGCGAGGCAGACCCUCUCUCCUCUUCAUCACCUUCCUUUCUCUCUGGGUGUCCACAAAGAUGUCUCUGGUCACCGUGCCCUUCUACCAAAAGAGACACAAACACUUUGACCAGUCAUACCGUAAUAUUCAAACAAGGUACCUUCUGGAUGAAUAUGCAGCGAAAAAGCACGCUGCCACCCAGUCGUCGUCCCAGAAGUCUGUCACUCAGAGGUCGUCGUCCUCGCAGAGAGAGUCCGGCCAGACGGCGCUGGGGGGGACCACGUGCCGGCUCUGCGCCAAGAGGGUGAGCUCCGCGCUGGAGGAGGAGGAGCAGGAAAGGAAGCGCAGGUACCAGUCGCUGCUGGCGUCCUACGGGGAGGCCAAGCGGGAGUGCUUCCUGAGCGAGCUGGCCCAGAUGGGGGAGGACGUGCACCUGGCCCGCACCCACGCCCGGGACCAGCUGGACAGAUACGCCCUGCACCACGUGGAGAGACACGGCCUGCGGCACGCGGUGGACGACAGGCUGGCCUGGGAGAGGCGCGCGUUCGAGGAGCGGCUGAGCAGAGCCCCGGAGAUCCUGGUGCGGCUGCGCUCGCACACCGUCUGGGAGCGCAUGUCUGUCAAGCUGUGCUUCACCGUGCAGGGCUUCCCCACCCCCGUGGUGCAGUGGUAUAAAGACGGCAGCUUGAUCUGCCAGGCGGGGGAGCCGGGAAAGUACAGGAUCGAGAGCACGUACGGGGUGCACACGCUGGAGAUCAACAGGGCAGACUUUGAUGACACUGCAACCUACUCGGCGGUGGCGACGAACGUGCACGGACAGGUGUCCACCAACGCGGCGGUGGUGGUGAGACGGUUCCGAGGCGAUGAGGACCCAUUCCAUUCCAUGGGGCUCCCGAUCGGACUGCCCCUGUCCUCCGGGAUCCCGUACAUGCACUUUGACGUCCAGUUCCUGGAGAAAUUCGGGGUCACCUUCCGGAGGGAAGGCGAGACCCUGACUCUCAAGUGCACGCUGCUGGUGACGCCGGACCUGAAGCGGGUGCAGCCGCGGGCCGAGUGGUACCGGGAUGACGUGCUGCUGAAGGAGUCCAGGUGGACCAGGAUGUUCUUCGGGGAAGGCCAGGCCUCGCUGUCCUUCAGCCACCUCCACAAGGACGACGAGGGUCUCUACACGCUGAGGAUCGUGUCCAGGGGCGGGGUCAGCGACCACCGCGCCUUCCUGUUUGUCCGAGAUGCUGACCCCCUGGUCACGGGGGCCCCUGGCGCGCCCAUGGACCUGCAGUGCCACGAUGCAAACCGGGAUUAUGUCAUCGUAACCUGGAAGCCGCCCAACACGACCAAGGAGAGCCCGGUCAUCGGCUACUUCAUUGAUCGAUGCGAGGUGGGAACUGACAACUGGGUUCAGUGCAAUGACGCCCCCGUGAAGAUCUGUAAAUACCCUGUGACCGGACUCUUUGAAGGGCGGUCCUACGUAUUCCGCGUGCGGGCCGUCAACAGCGCAGGGAUCAGCCGGCCGUCCCGAGUCUCUGAGGCUGUGGCUGCCCUCGACCCCCUUGACCUCAAACGGUUACAAGCAGUCCACCUGGAGGGAGAAAAGGAGAUCGUACUCUAUCAGGAGGACCUUGAAGGUGAAGUUCAGGUUCCAGGACCUCCCACCAACGUCCACGCCUCGGAAAUCAGCAGGACAUAUGUCGUCCUCAGCUGGGACCCACCUGUGCCUCGUGGCAAGGAGCCGCUGGUGUACUUCAUCGAGAAGUCCGUGGUCGGGAGCGGGAGCUGGCAGCGGGUGAACGCGCAGAUGGCCGUGAGGUCGCCGCGAUACGCCGUCUUCGAUCUUGCCGAGGGGAAGCCCUACGUGUUCCGAGUGCUGUCAGCAAACAAGCACGGCCUGAGCGACCCGUCGGAGAUCACCGCCCCCAUUCAGGCUCAGGACACCAUCGUGGUCCCCUCGGCCCCCGGCCGCGUCCUCGCCUCCCGGGACACCAGGACGUCGGUGGUGGUACAGUGGGAGCGGCCCAAGCAGGAGGAGGACCUGCUUGGCUACUACGUGGACUGCAGCGUGGUCGGGUCCAACGUCUGGGAGCCCUGCAACCACAAGCCCAUCGGCUACAACAGGUUCGUGGUGCACGGCUUGACCACCGGCGAGCAGUACAUCUUCCGAGUCAAAGCCGUGAACGCUGUCGGCACGAGCGAGAACUCGCAGGAGUCGGACGCCAUAAAAGUCCAGGCCGCCCUCACCGUCCCGUCCCAUCCCUACGGGAUCACCCUGCUGAACUGUGACGGCCACUCCAUGACCCUGGGCUGGAAGGUGCCCAAGUUCAGCGGCGGCUCACCCAUCCUCGGGUACUACAUAGACAAGCGCGAGGCUCACCAUGAAAACUGGCACGAGGUCAACGCCUCACCGCUCACAGAGAGGAUCCUGACGGUGGCGGGCUUGACAGAGGGCGCCCUGUACGAGUUCAGAAUCGCCGCCACCAACCUGGCAGGGAUUGGGCAGCCGUCGGACCCCAGCGGGUUCUUCAAGUGCGAGGCCUGGACGGCGCCGGAGCCGGGGCCUGCCUACGACCUGACGUUCUGCGAGGUCCGGGACACGUCCCUGGUGCUGCUCUGGAAGGCCCCGGUGUACUCAGGCGGCAGCCCCGUCUCGGGGUACUUUGUGGACUACAAGGAGGAGGACGCCGGGGAGUGGACCACGGUCCACGAGACGGCCACGGCGCAUCGCUACCUGAAGGUCUGUGACCUGCACCAAGGGAAAACCUACGUCUUCCGCGUCCGGGCAGUAAAUGCAGACGGGGUGGGGAGGCCCUCAGACACGUCGGAGCCAGUGCUCGUGGAGGCCAGGCCAGGCACCAAGGAGGUCAGCGCGGGUGUGGAUGAAGAAGGCAACAUCUACCUGAGCUUCGACUGCCAGGAGAUGACUGACGCCUCUCACUUCACGUGGUGCAAAUCCUACGAGGACAUUGCGGGUGAUGAGAGGUUCAAGGUCGAGACCGUGGGGGACCACUCGAAGCUGUACUUUAAGAAUCCGGAUAAAGAGGACUUGGGGACUUACUCUGUGUCCGUCAGUGACACGGAUGGCGUGUCCUCCAGCUUUGUCUUGGAUGAGGAAGAGCUGGAGCGUUUGGUGGCGCUGAGCAAUGAGAUAAAAAAUCCCACAAUUCCUCUGAAGUCAGAAUUAGCUUAUGAGAUUUUUGAUAAGGGCCAGGUCCGCUUCUGGCUGCAGGCCGAGCACUUAUCACCAGACGCCAGCUACCGCUUCAUCAUUAAUGACAGAGAAGUCGGGGACAGCGAGGCACACAGAAUCAAGUGUGACAAGUCCACUGGCCUGAUCGAGAUGGUGAUGGACCGGUUUACCAUCGACAACGAAGGCACCUACACUGUGCAGAUUCAGGACGGGAAAGCCAAAAGCCAGUCUUCUCUGGUUCUCAUUGGAGACGCAUUCAAGGCUGUCCUGGAUGAGGCUGAAUUUCAAAGAAAGGAGUUUCUCAGGAAACAAGGCCCUCAUUUUGCUGAGUAUUUGCACUGGGAUGUUACAGAAGACUGUGAAGUUCGGCUGGUCUGUAAGGUUGCAAACACCAAGAAGGAAACCGUUUUCAAGUGGCUGAAGGAUGAUGUUCUGUAUGAAACGGAAAAGAUGCCUGAUCUGGAGAAGGGGGUCUGUGAGCUGCUCAUACCAAAGUUGUCAAAGAAGGACCAUGGUGAAUACAAGGCGACCUUGAAAGAUGAGAGAGGUCAAGAUGUGUCUGUCCUUGAGGUAGCUGGCAAAGUGUACGAGGACAUGAUCUUGGCGAUGAGUAGAGUCUGUGGAGCCUCUGCUUCUCCGCUGAAGGUACUCUGCACCCCUGAAGGAAUAAGACUUCAAUGUUUCAUGAAAUAUUUCACCGAAGAAAUGAAAGUGAACUGGUACCACAAGGACGCUAAGAUUGCGUCGAGCGAGCACAUGCGGGUUGGCGGGAGCGCGGACAUGGCCUGGCUGCAGAUCUGCGAGCCCACCGAGAAGGACAAAGGGAAGUACACCUUCGAGAUUUUUGACGGCAAACAUAACCACCAGCGCUCGCUCGACUUGUCCGGGCAAGCUUUUGACGAAGCAUUUGCCGAAUUCCAGCAACUCAAGGCAGCUGCUUUUGCUGAGAAAAAUCGCGGCAGGGUGAUCGGCGGCUUACCGGACGUGGUGACCAUAAUGGAGGGAAAGACCUUGAACCUGACCUGCACGGUGUUCGGGAACCCGGACCCGGAGGUGGUGUGGUUCAAGAACGACAAGGACAUCGAGCUGAGCGACCACUUCUCCGUCAAGGUGGAGCAGGCCAAGUACGUCAGCAUGACCAUCAAGGGCGUGACCUCCGAGGACUCGGGCAAGUACAGCAUCCACGUCAAGAACAAGUACGGGGGCGAGAAGAUCGACGUGACGGUCAGUGUGUACAAGCACGGGGAGCAGAUCCCGGACGUGGUGCUGCCCCAGCAGGCCAAGCCCAAGCUCAUCCCCGCCUCUGCGUCCUCGCCCGCCCAGUGAGGGGCGGCCCGGCAGCCGGACGGCGCGGGGGCCCGUUCCCAGCGGGGGACAGCGGCCUGCGACGUCCAGUGUGGCCUGGUGGUCCGUGGCGCAUAGCGGUUUCAGUCUUGGCGUUCGCUUAUUCGUAGUUUCUGUCCUUCCAAGUGGAAAAGCAGAUGGUUUGCGGGAGGCUGCACCGCUGUGUGAGCAGGCCUGGAUGGGGUGGGAUGGAGCUGAGCUGGCGUGGCACUGGGCGCUCUGUCCACACUGGGCUGUGCCCUCUGGUGCCGGUGGGUCUAGGGGCUCUGAACUGCUGGUGGGACAGCGUGUGUGACUCUGUAGUCUCUGCUUUCUCUUGCUUCAGACAAAUAAAACUUUAAA